UACUCACAUACAUGCGUUAACCUACAUAGUACCUGUGCUAUUGUGACAUGGCGAGCAAAUCGCUGAUAUCCUAGAAUACAUGGAUAAUGUGAGGAACAUAAUGCCCAGACAGCCCAGGCCCUAUCACGACAUGGCCGCAGUCCUUUUGGCCGCAGUGAGAAACAAGCAGACAUCACUUUCCACCUGAACAAUGCCCAUGUAUUCGGAAACUGCCGAUCCACUAUGCAUUCAUGGCUGCAUGUCCCUGAGCCAUCUUUUGCAAGGGUUGUCAAGGGAUGCGGCAACCCAAACCUUGUCUCGCUCCUCAUUCCCCUCAUCAUCGUUCCUACCGUUGAAUAUGAAUAUUCUUAAUAGUGUUUUUGACACUAUCAUGCCCCGGAUGACUCUCGGAGCGAUCGCAGAUGCAUCACUGACUGCUGCUACUUUGCUAUGGACACCUGAAAAGGAUCUUGGCGCGCCGGUUCAGAAACAGAAACGCAUUGCUAUUGCCCUCAGCGCGGUUUGCCUCGCCUCUCUUGCUGCGUCUAUUACCAACGUCCACCUUAGUUCAACUGCCUCGCUACUGGCAUCAGUAGCUGUGCUCGGGCAUACCCUGUCUUGCAGUACGGUCAGCGAUGGCACUGCAUUCCUGAACAUCGCCCGUGCCAUUCUCAUGGUGGUCUUCUCAGUACCCCGCCUGAAUAUUUGCUUGUUAACAAGUGCUCUGUCCCACCUUGCUAUUGCGUGGUACAUGCUCAUUCCUUCAACACAGAGAGAAAUACACAGGUAUAUGAGGUAUGUGCUGGGCUUCGAUACCUUGGCUCGUCUACGACUUUACUCCAAGAACGACUUGUCUGAUAAGGAUAUGCACAGCGAGGAAGGGAUACAGUGGACUUUACGCGGAAUUGAGAAGCUGCAGCUCGAUACAAGCAAGACCUACUUUGUACUGCGUGGAUUUUUGGCUUUUGCUUGGAAGCGAAUGCUUUCUCUAGCCAUCAUCGACCUGGUUUUCCAUCUCUGCAUUUAUUACAAGGACAUUGUGUUUGUGAUGAUUGUUGGUGCAGUGGACCAAAAUAGCCGCGUAGAGGGUACAGAGAUAUUGGUACUCUGUGCAAUGUGGAGCGCACUGUCCACGUUUUCAGCAGCUUACAGUUACCAUUGGGGAUUUAAGGCCCAUAUCUACUGGGAAAUUCUCGACGUUUUCCGUAUCAAAGUCAUCGGCAUCAAGACGUCUCGAAAUGGUGGGCAGCUUGCAGACGAAGAAUACAACAGGACCCAUUCUGUCGAUUUGCAUGAAAUGGUAUGUGGAAUACGCAAUGUGGUAAGCGUUCUCAGUCAGUCAGUGGCAAGCUUUCUCAGCAUUCGGUUGCUUAUCUCCAAGGUUGGGUGGCAUGCUGCUCUACCGGUUGCUUUCAUGAUCGUAUUUUCUAUUGCGCGGAGUCUGGUUACAGCUAAGCUUGAGGCGCUGGAGAAGUUGAGCAAGGCCAAGGUCAGACCUAGAUUCUAUACGAAUCUAGACAUUCUACUUCGGAAUAUGAGCACGGUCAAGUUUUAUGGAUGGGAGCAAGCGUUUCAGCGUGUGCGUGGAUAUCCAGACCGCUCACGAUACGUUUCACCCCUAUUCUGGCGCAUCGUUAACUACAUCGUCACCCUCGUCGGCAGUUCAGCGACUCAACUUGCGACUGCUCUGACAGUUGCAUCAUAUCUUCAGUCAUCCUGGGACGCUGGCAUUUACUGAGGUGAUGUUUGUGGUGUCGUCAGCAACACAUAUCGCAGGAUUUGCCUUGAGGUGUUCCAGCAUUAUUUCUGUCUCUA